UAUUUCGUCGCGUGACGCCGUGGCGUUCGCAUCGAUCCGAGCGACGGCUACGGCGCGAACCGUACAGGGCGGAUAAGAGAGGCGCACGGCCGAAAAUCAAUCCCGGCGCGUGUCAGGUUCUUCGCGCCCGCGGCGGGCGAGAAACGGUCGGCGAACGAGGAUUUUCCUUUCCGGGGAACGACGAGAGGACGACGUGUUCGAGAGGACAAGAUCGGCCGCGAUGCUGAAGAAAUUCCUCGGCAAGUCCGGCCGCAGGAUCCUGCGGGCGAUCAAGAAGCUGUCCACCAAAAGCCGCAAGGCCAAGGGGUCGUGUAAUCCCAGCGCCUGGCACACGGCCAUCCCGGACCUCGAGACGACCUCGCUCUCGUGGUCCCUGCCGUCCCUCGACGCCAAGAGCAUCGACACGUACAUGACGUACGUGGCCGAGAACCAGGAGGACUGCACGUCAAACUGUUGCUGCUGCGACGAAUACGAGGAGAACCAGAGGAACGAGAACAGGGAGAACGAGAUGAUAAUCUAACGUCCGUGCCGCUAGGCCGAACACCCGGACCGGCGCCCUGCUCUCUCUCUCCUCCCCCCCCCCGGCUCAUUUGCGCUCUCGCGAUCGAAUUCGGCCGGCGAUCAUCCCCGAGAGAAAGAGAGAGAGAGAGAGAGAGAAAGAGGGUGCAAAAUGAAUUGCACGCGCGCCGCUCGAAAACGAAUAUCUAACCCUUAACUGGUGAGUAUACGAGUACUCGUCCGGCGUUUUUUGUUUCUCUUUUUUUCUCAAAGAGUCUCGCUUCUACGCGACUAAGCGACCGCGGCGCGAUGGCUAGUGCAAUGGCUGUACCAAAGAGAAUAUUUAUCGGGAAGCUGUAAACCGGUUAAGGGUUAAUCACGAUCCCUCCGUAAUCCGUUCCACAUGCAUACAUAUAUACAUACACAUACGUGCGCGCGUAUACACACACGCAUACAGACACAUACGAGCGUUUUUAUGCGCUCCCUUAUUUUUCGAUAGAUACAUGUCGCACGUCGGGGACGAUGAAAGAUGCUCUGUGGCUGGACCUCGGAUUAUAUUAUAGCCGUGUCUCUCGGCGUAUCAUUGAGAGACAAGGACGCGGAGAAGACGUUUUAUUUCCGGUUAGUCUUCCGGUCUAGAUUUAUUUUCUAGAGCGCCGACUUGUAUUUUCCAGCGCGAGUCGCGUAUAAGCGCUCGCCUCGAUCUCAUUUAGCGCCAUUAAUUUCAUUAGAUAGACAUACUUAUCUUAUACGUACUUAUUUAUUUACCGCAAAUCUCCGUUACCGUGAUAAAUUAGCCGCGAUUACGAGCACAGUCGUAUAUUGAUUAAUUAAGUUAGUUCACUUCUCGCAGCCAGAAAUGAUCGGUCGAAUCGGCGUCGAUUCACACUUAUUAUUUCUAGCGAUGGUUGACGAUUCAUUCCUUCCCGCGUUUCUCCUUUAUCGUUUCUCGUCGUGCAAGCGAGGAAAUCAGCGGCGCUCCGCGCGUCAUCCGUCUCUUUCGACAUAGAGAAUAGCAAUAUGUGACGUAGUACAAAAAAAAAUAUAUAUAUAUAUACAUGUAUAUAUCGCCUAGCGUGUUAUCGACGACCGUUCGCGCCCGGGGAUGACGUCCGGGAAUGCAAUUAGAACUUUUCCAUCAGCGCGUCGUCCGCGCGGUUUUAUCAUGUCGGGUCUAAAAACUCGUGGAUCACACUAUUUUGCAAUAUACUAUUUUCGGCGUCACGAAAAGAAAAACUGUUUUUUUAGGCAAUCAAUUAAUUAUUCGAUCUCUCGCGGCUCUCGCGCGAGUCCCCCGUACGUGUCCCAGACACGUGAACAUAUCCGCGGCGCGGGACCUUUAUACUGUGUCCAGAUAAUUUAUAUCUCUAAUUGUAAACCCCCAUGGAGAGAGGCGCUUCGGGGGGGCGACGUUAGACUAUAGCGUUUAGAGUAAUAUUAACCACGAUACUUAGGAUAACGAGGGAAAAAUUAAAACUACUUACUUCUUCAUUCAAAAACUUUUAACUGUCCACCGACGCACGUCUUUCUGCGACUCCCGCGGUUGUAUACGUUGUCGAUGAAUCAAAAUGUCAAACAUUUGGUCGAUCGAUCUCGAGUAGGACGCGCCGAUUUGCACCCCCGGCUAUUUAUCUGUCCGGGAUACGUUAAGGAUUUCGUAAGGUAAGCGAGUCCGACUUUCCCAAACUCGAUGUCGUCGUCACUUUUACGCUGUGUAAUCGUCCUAGGUGUUCAAUAUCUCGCACGGUCGAGGGUGCAUCCGUUAGAUUAGUCAGCCGAUACACAACCGAUACCCUCGAUACGGAUAUAAACUCUCACCAGCAAUUUUAAUUCUAAAAAGAGGAGCACCAUAUCUCUACAAAGCUAUACUAUUUCUAUAUGUCGAAAAUCGAUUUAUGCAAAACGGAACGGUCCUUUCGUGAAAGACUCACUUUAAAUCACCUUACGCCAAGUUCGAGUAUCGAGGGUACUUAUGCAAUAAGUCACACCGGCCUGAUCACUCGAACCGAGUUCUUCUAUUUCCGAUCGUUUCCGGCACCUUUGCUCAAAGCGCGCAAAAUCAAUCUUCACUUAAAAAAAAAGUAGCGAGGUACGAUUUUAUUCUUCCUAUACGGGUUGAUUUAAGAAGGUAAGAAGAAGAAGAAGAAGAAAAAGAAGAAGAGCUUUAAUGACUUAUAUCUAUGUAUAGAUGCAGAAUUUAUAUAACAUAUAUAUAUAUAUACAUACAUAUAAAAAGAGGAACUACAAAAAUAUGGAUGUAUAAUAUGGAUGAUGCGUGUGUUGAUAUACUUUAUCGUCUCGAUAAGGCUGUGACUUUGUAAAGCAAAUGUGAAUGUCGCGUAAAUAAAAUGGUUUUAUUGACGA